GGCUCCCGAAGAGCGUUCGGGGCAAACACGAUAAUCGUCCCACAAAAAAUGUUGAAGCGAAUACGAGCCCAGCUAGUUUUCGGGUGAAACAUUUUGACAGCGAUGAAGAACAACCACAGACGAGGGUGUCAAUCUUCAGCAAGCUGACAGGCUCGCCGAAACGUCAGAUGGACAAACAGAAGAGUGGCGACAACAAGAUGAGUGGCUUGGAGAAACCCCCUCAAAAGCAGCCAAUCACUGCCUGCCUGUUGAGCGCAGCCUUCUUUGGGGCCCUGGGGUCAUCAUUCCUCUACGGAUACAACCUGUCCGUUGUCAACGCCCCCUCUCAGUACAUAAAAAAAUUCUACAACAAGACAUGGUUCGAUCGAUACGGGGAACCCAUCGGAUCGGAAACAACAACUCUGCUCUGGUCCGUCACUGUGUCCAUCUUCGCUAUCGGGGGGCUCUGCGGGGCACUGUCCGUCUCCUUCUUCAUCAAAAUACUUGGGAGGAAAGGAACUCUGCUGCUCAACAACAGCUUUGCUGUGGUCGCUGCUUUGCUGCUGUCGCUGGGGGAGACGGCUACGUCAUUCGAGAUGCUCAUCAUCGGCCGCUUCAUCAUGGGAGUGGACUCCGGAAUCGCCCUCAGUGCCCUGCCCAUGUACCUGGGAGAGAUUUCCCCGAGACACAUCCGUGGCUCCAUCGGCCAGUUCAACUCCAUCCUGAUCUGCACCGGGGUGUUCACCGGACAGGUGCUGGGGCUGCCACAGCUGCUGGGCCACGAGUCCCGCUGGAACUACCUUUUCAGCUUCUUGGCGUUCCCGGCGUUGCUGCAGAUGUGCGUACUUCCCUUCCUUCCUGAAAGUCCUCGCUACCUUCUGAUCGAGAAAAGAGACGAGACGGCGGCAGAAAAAGCUUUCCAGAGGUUCCUGGGAAAGAAGGAUGUGUCUCAGGAGCUGGAAGAGGUGCACGCUGAGGCCCGCGCUCAGGAGAACCUGAACACCAUCUCUGUCCUGCAGCUGCUGAGGACGCCAGCGGUUCGCUGGCAGCUCAUCACCGUCAUCAUCACCAUGGCCUGCUACCAGCUCUGUGGACUCAAUGCUAUUUGGUACUACACUAAUGGGAUUCUGACAGAAGCUGGUUUCGCUCCGUCGAUUCUCCCGUACAUCACGUUGAGCACUGGAGCCAUUGAGACUCUGGCAGCCAUCGUCUCUGGUUUAGUGAUAGAACGGAUCGGGAGGAAACCUCUCCUCAUAUUUGGUUUCACAGCCAUGGCUGUGUUCUUCAGCCUGCUGACAGUCUUCCUCAAUUUCCAGGACCGAGUGUCGUGGAUGCCCUACCUUAGCUACAUCUGUAUUCUGGCUGUGAUCGCCUCCUUCUGUUCUGGUCCAGGGGGCAUCCCUUUUGUCUUGACGGGCGAACUCUUCGAACAGUCCUACAGGCCUGCUGCCUUCAUGAUCGCUGGCAUCGUCAACUGGCUGUCCAACUUCACAUUGGGGCUGCUGUUCCCGUUCAUCCAGCAAUCCCUGCAGACCUAUGCCUUCCUGGUGUUUGUGGUGGUCUGUCUCUUGGGCGCCACCUAUCUCUAUUUUGUCCUCCCUGAAACCAAAAACAAAACCUUCGUGGACAUCAGCCAGAGUUUUGCCAAAAUCAACAAGAUCCAGGUGCCGACUCCAAGCCAGGAGAUGGAGAUGGUUCUGUCCAUCAAGCCUCAUGCCAACGGCAAUGUUCAGGACGCGUGUCGGCUGGAGAGCUCCUUCUGAGCAGAGCCCGAGCCGGUGUUGAAAACCUCUACCGCAAUGUUGUUUGAAUGUAUUUAUGUGAAUGUAAAUAUUCUUUGUACAACUAUGUCUACAGUGACGUGUAUUCUGACAUCGCCAUUCCUCUGUUCCUGAGGGACUCUCCAUGUCACUAGGUGCCUGUCAUACAGCUGCAUCAGAUCUUUGAACGGCACAUGAGGCUUUAACAUGAGACAUUCGUAUGUGGUUUUUCCGAUCAGAUACAAAUGCAUUUACUCACAGCUACUGUCAGGCAACUUUGUUCUCACAUUAAAUUGUGAGCCAGUGUUAAAGUAGAGGUGCUCUGUGCCAAAAAGAUCUGAACCAACCUUUUAGGUUGUGCUCAAGGUUCGAUUUUCUUAAUUACUUUCUGAAAACAUUUUAAGUGUUAAAAAACACCUUUGUGGCAUUUCAGUGUGUUGAUAGUAAUUUUAUUGAAGUGUGUUUGCGGUUUUGUUUUUGCUUUUGAUAAAGUGUUUCUGGUACUACAGAAGUUGCUCCACUGGAUACCAUCGGACCGAUUUACGACAGUGUUGUACUUUAAACAAUAACCUCUAAAAUGUGUACUCACAGAGAAUGCAGACACGAGAACAACAUGAGGAGUGGUGAAUUUUUUUUUUUCAUUGCUCUGCAUCUUCCUCUCAUCAGAAACUUCAUCCUUCAUUUAGUGGCACUAAUGUUGAGAUGACAAACUUCAGCACAAUUUUUAGUGAUAAUGUUUCAUUUGUGUAUAAAUUAUUGUUUUAUUUGUGAAAAUCAACAGUCAAAAUAUUUCAAAUGUUGUUUGUGAUUUGGUUCUUUGCAUAUGUUCCAAUAGAAGAUGAGAAAUGUAUU